GAGGGGAGGCCAAGAGGGUUGUGUGCCCGGCGGCGGCCCGAUGAGGACGCUACUGACCAUCCUGGCUGCGGGAUCCCUGGCCGCUCACAUUGCUGAAGACACCUCAGAUCUUCUCCAGCGCGUGACAUUCCAGUCCAGCAACUUCGAAAACAUCCUGACGUGGGACAGCGGGCUGGAGAGCGCCCCAGACACAGUCUACAGCGUCGAGUAUAAGACGUACGGAGAGGUAGAGUGGCUGGCAAAGAAGGGCUGCCAGCGGAUCACCCGGAAAUUCUGCAACCUGACCAUGGAGACGGGCAGCCUCACGGAGCUCUACUACGCCAGGGUGACCGCCACCGGCGCGGGAGGCCGGUCAGCCACCAAGAUGACCGAGCGGUUCAGCUCACUGCAACACACCACCAUCAAGCCACCUGAUGUGACCUGUAUCCCCGCGGUGAGAUCCAUCCAGAUGAUUAUCCAUCCCACCUCCACGCCCCUCCGGGACCGGGAUGGCCACCGGCUGACCCUGGAGGACAUCUUCCAUGACCUGUUCUACCGCUUAGACCUCCACAUCAACAAAACCUACCAAAUGAACCUUGGAGGCAAGCAGAGAGAAUACGAGUUCAUUGGCCUGACCCCUGACACGGAGUUCCUUGGGACCAUCACCAUUUUUGUUCCAACCUGGUCCAAAGAGAGUGCCCCCUACAUGUGCCGCGUGAGGACGCUGCCAGACCGGACAUGGACCUACUCCUUCUCCGGGGCCUUCCUCUUCUCCAUGGGCUUCCUGGUCGCAGGGCUCUGUUACCUGAGCUACAGAUACGUCACCAAGCCGCCCCAGCCUCCCAACUCCCUGGACGUCCAGCGUGUCCUGACCUUCCAGCCUCUGCGGUUCAUCCAGGAGCACGUGCUGAUCCCCGUCCUGGACCUCAGCGGCCCCGGCGGCCUGGCCCAGCCUACCCAGUACUCCCAGGUCAUGGUCUCUGCGCCCAGGGAGCCGCCGGGGGCCCCGCCGCGGCACAGCCGGCCUGAGAUCACCUACGUCGGGCAGCCGGACCUCUCCACCCUGCAGCCCCCCCGGGCGCCGCCUCCCCAGGCAGGCUCCCCACCACCCUACGCGCCCCAGGCUGCCCCUGAGGUCGGGCCCCCAGCCUACACGCCUCAAGUCACCCCCGAGGCUAAAGCCCCAUCCUACACUCCGCAGGCCGUCUCUUCCUACACCCCCCAGGCCGCGCCGGACAGCUGGCCACCGUCCUAUGGGGUGUGCAUGGGAGGAUCUGGCAAAGACUCCCCUCCUGGGACACUCUCUAGUCCCAAACCCCUCAGGACUAAGGGCCAGAAAGAGCCACCAGCUGCUGACCUCUCCCUGCAGGGGUUGGCUUCCGGGGCCAUGGAGGAGCCCCAAGAAGCCAAGUCCUUCCCCCAGCGCCUGUGCGUUGACACGGACAGAGCACCCGACACUACGGUGCUGCCCACGGGGGAGCCAGGAGCACCGGGGUACCUGAAGGGCCAGCUGCCCCUCCUCUCCUCCGUCCAGAUUGAGGGCCACCCGGUGUCCCUCCCUCUGCACACGCCUUCCCUCCCACGCUGUCCCACGGACCAGGGUUCACGUUCCGGGGGGCUGCUAGAGUCCCUCGUGUGUCCCAAGGACGAUGGUCCCGGGUCCGAGCCUGAGGCCUCGAGCGUGGCCCCUGGGGACUCAGCCCCGGAGCAGCCCACGGAGCUGGACUCCCUCUUCAGAGGCCUGGCCCUGACCGUGCGGUGGGAGCCCUGAGUGGACAGCAGGACGGCCUGGGGCUUCCCCGUCACCCCCAGCCCAGCCGCCUCGGUGGGGGCCUGAGGGAACCAGAGGAAGGGCGGGG